AUGACUCAACUACUUGAAAAGAAAAUAUUACAUAUAAAAUUUAGGAAUGUAGUUGAUUAAAUUAUUUCAAGACAUUAUAAUCCUUUUAGAGUUGUUUAUAAUAAUUUAUAAGGAUAAUUAAUUGAUAAUUUUUUAAUAGUCGAAAAUAGAUUGAUUAAAGAGAAAGGAGAUAAGAGAGAAUCUAAAUUUGAAUAAAGUAGUAAACAAAAUAAAAAUUCCAAUCCUUUAAUUAAAUUGAGUAUUCUAAAAGGAUGA